CGUGGUACAGGAGUUCCUCACAAAAUCGGUUGAAGAAAAGGCUUGGUUAUGCUUAAUUGGGAAGCUGCUUACUCCCAGAGCAUUCAGUACAGAUGCAAUGAAGUUCACUCUAAUGGCCAUUUGGAAACCAAUUAAAGGUAUGAAGUUUACCACAAUUGGGGAUAAUAUUUUCUCGUUCCAAUUUAAUCACAUCGUUGAUAAACGACGGUGUUGUUGAACGGUCCUUGGAGUUUUGAUAAACACCUUGUUCUCUUGAGUGCGAUGGAUGCACAUCUAUAACUCUCAGAAGUCAUGUUAUCAAUGGCCACCUUUUGGGUUCAGAUCCAUAACCUUCCAUUGAUUAGUAUGACAAGAGAAGUUGGUAAACUAAUAGGAAACAAGGUUGGCUUGCUCGUGGAUGUUGAAUAUGGAUCUGAUGGAGCAGCGGUGGGAUGUUAUCUUCGGAUACGGGUCCAAAUAGAUAUUUCGAAACCUCUACGAAGAGGCGUGAAGCUAUCAGUGCACAAUCGUGAUUCGAUUGGAAGUAGGCUGACAGAUAGAGAGAGAGUGAACACAUUCAAUGAAAGAAAUAGCUUUGCCAGGACUCCAUGUAACCAUAGACUGCAAGGACACAAAUGGAGAGCUCAAAACAAGAGGAGUUGGAAAGCUUGAUGAUGAAGAAAAAUUCAGAGUCUCUCUUCCUUCAAACAUCUUAGAAAAGUAUGGAAGUUUGAAGGAAGAGUGCUUUGCACACCUUCACAGUGCAUCAACUGCACCAUGCCCAGCUCAUAGUGGCAACAACGAGUCCUCAUAUGUCGUCUUCAAGUCUAAAAUCGCUAGAAAACACACAUUUAGCCCUGCUGGAAUACUCAAAUUCUCCCCGGUUUUUGAGGAUAUUCCAUCAAAGCCCAAGCAUAGCUCACAGCUCAACUAAUGUUCUAGUUCAGUGAUGAAGCCAAGCUGCAGCUCAAUCUAUGUGACUGCAUCAGUUUAAACAGAUAUCAGUUAGAUAGUUUGUUAGUUUGUUAAACAGUUACAAGUAAUUAGCACAUGUUGUUUAGAUACAUAUCUCUUGUAUAGAUAUAGCUAUAGCUAUAUAUAUAAGGAUAGCUUGUACAUUCAAAGUAUGAAAUAAGAGAUUCAUAUUUUCAUCAUGG